AUGAUUGCUACAGUUACACUAUGGACUGCCACGAGGUACUGCAAACGUUACCUACUGCUGAGACAUGUCACCAUUUUCAACAAGCUCGGUAUCUAUCUUCUUGGAGUCACCAGCCACAAGGCCAUUUCGGAAGGUAAAAUGCGAAAAACACUACAAAAGAGACACUCUUGGACAGACGAGGAGCUGAAGAUUCUCUCGUACCUCCGACACACUUGCCACUGGCACUUCAAGCAAAUCCAAAAGUCAUACUUCCCAUCACUUUCUCUGAGCGCACUCCGAGGAGCCUACUGGCACCAGUCUACCGAAGACCGCAUACGCCGAGCGUCGAACGCCACUAUCCCAACUAUCGAUCCUCGCAACUCGGUGAAAGGCUUCUCAAGUGCCUCCAAAACUCAUUCCAUCUCGGAUAAUCUCAGUCGAUCAGAAAACAGUAUUGAGGCUUUGGCAUCGACCCCUCAAAGUCCCGUGGGUAGAAACAAGCCAUUCAUUUCCAACGAGUGCAACUCGAGUCGCUACGAACUCCGGCCAAACAGACCCUCAAACUUCCCUCCAAGAGAGCCGCAAUAUCUAGUUGACCGACGCCGUUUUCCCCACUUCUUUAGAUCGUACAAGUACUCUCUCAAUCGACAGGGGAUCCCAGACAGCGACUAUACUCCUCAAUCUCGGAUGCCUACGCCAAGCUCAUCAGAUCGAAGCGUUUCCAUUGUCUCAAGCCUUCCUAGUGCCGCGUCAAGCCUUGAACUCUUCGGCUUGGAGCUCCGAGGAGCAUCCUCUGCCGACAUGACUGAAAUCGCAAAGUUCGAGCAAUUCGGAAUCAAUACGUUCUAUAACGGAAUUCCAACAUUAGACAAUGCCAGCGACUGGUUUCGGUGGAAUCAGAAGGUCAAUGAGUUCAUUCGGAUAUCUGCGGUUGCCGACGAUGGAGCGACUCCGCCGACAGAAGAAGAAGCAGCACGGCAAUGGAUUCACCGCCAAAAGUUCUAUUCUGCGAUGAUUACGGCAAAGUUGACACACAAUGCGGCGCAAAGAAUCAAUGCUUUUGAGAUACCUCGAGUUCAAGCACUGCUUAAGGCAGUCCAGGACAACUUCAAACCGGAAGGCUCCGGCACGUAUGUUAGCCUCCAACGACGAUACAUGGCCCUCACAAGAGACAAGUGUGGGAGCACCCAAGCGCUGGGGGCAGAGAUCAGGAAGAUUCAUGCUGAAAAACUCCUUCUUGACCCUGAUUGCGUGACCUCCGAAAUUGAGCGAACAUUUUUCUUUGUUCAUGCACUCGGCCCCGAGUACGAGAGCUUCCGCGAUCAUAUCUUCCGACAAAUGGACCUUGUCAACGAAAGAGAUGCAAAUGGGAGUAUUAUCAAAGCAGCACCUACAUUUGACUAUAUCGAGAAUAAGGCCAUUGAGGAAGAGCAUAGAAAAGGGCAAUUGGGCAAACAAGCAAUGGAGUCGCAAGCUCUUCCUGCUCUUGCCCUAGUCCGUGGGCCAGGUGACAAGAAGCUCAUACCGUCGUCGGACGGAACUACUUGUCGGAUAGAGAUUGAUAACGUCCCAUAUUGCUCCUUCUGCCGAAAACCUUAUCACAUCGACGCCGAAUGUUUCACCAAGAACCCGAGACUGAAGGUCCAAAGGAAGGACGGAGACGGACCGAAACCAAGACCAGGCAGAAUUCACAUAGGCGGACGCAGACAGUCGAAGAGGCGGACCUUGACGGACGACGAGGACGACGAUGGGAGUGGCCCAAAAGACCCGAAGAAACCAACCUUCAUGGCGACGAAAGUCUCCGGAAAAGAUGUCAACGAUGCAUUUGGAAACGAUAUCGAGGGCAAUCUCACCCUGUUUGACCAUGUUCCCAUUAUGAUGGCGAUAAAGACCCCCUCCAUCCGUGACGCGUGGAUCGUGGAUAGUGGAUGCGCUCAACAUGUUUGCAAUAGCGCCUCCAGGUUUGUCCAAAUGGCUAAAUAUCAUGGGCCUUCACUGAGAGGCAUUGAUACCUCAACAGCUCCCUCGGGCGUGGGAACAGUAAAUAUCCUGUGCAAUGUACGCGGCAGAAAGAAAUGGCUAGUGCUUGAUAACGUCCUGUAUGUUCCAUCUGCACAUGCCAAUCUCAUAUCGGUGCUUCAGCUUCUCCAACGAGGGGCAAAAGUCGAAUUCUCAAGCCGGGAUGCUAUCCUUCGCAACAAGUCAAACGGAAAGAAUCUGUUUACUGCCAGUGAAUAUCAUGGAGUCUACGCACUCGAUCUGUGGGCAAGUCUGACUUUCCCCUCUUACCAUGUUAGCCCACAAAUGUCUCUGUGGCACAGCCGGCUUGCCCAUAUGAGUGACGCAAACCUUCGGCGACUCAAGCAGCAAGCUCAUGGCGUGCGGGACAUGGAGGCACGUCAUCCAUGCAAUCCCUGUCUGCAGGGGCGAAUGAUCGAAAGGUCUCACAGAAGAUCAAGGGUCAGCAGGAGAGGAGAACACACAAUGGACCUCCUCCAUAUUGACGUCGCAGGGCCAUUCGAUGAGGGCCUAGAUGGCAGCCGUUACUGGCUAACCAUCGUUGACGACUUCACGGGCUGGAUCGAGAUUUUCCCGAUACCGCGAAGACAACACUUCGUCAUAGAAUCACUGCGGUUCUUCCUCGACCACAACGAGCGCCCCGAGCGAAAAUGCAAACGAAUACGUCUGGACCGGAUAUCUGAACAUAUGGGAGACGAGAUGAAAUUCAUGUUGUUCUCGCGCGCAAUCCAAGCGGAGGUGACAGGAGUGGAUCAACAUCAGCAAAAUGGGGUUGCCGAAAGAGCUCAUAAGACAAUCUAUGACCGUCUUGGGCCUACGCUGGCACAUGCAAGGCUGCCGUCUAAGUUCUGGCCGGAAAUUGCUCGAACUGCAGCUUUCCUCUCGAAUCGGUCGCCGUCAUCGAAGCUCAACAUGACUCCGUACCAAGCGUGGUACGGCGACAGACCUGACCUCUCAAGACUAAGAAUCAUCGGAUCAAAAGGAGAAUACUUGAUUCCGCCAAAGCAAAGAAAGAAGCUCACGGAUCCACGAACAAGGCCAUGUAUUUUGCUGGGCUACGAGGGCAAUACCAACUACCGUAUCCUCCUGGGAGACGGGAGAAUCAUUGGAACACCAAACGCUGAAUUUCAAGAAGUCCUUACAACUCCCUCCACACAGACUUUACAAGAUGUGGGAGCCAGACAAGACGGCUCACCUGAGGCAACGGCUGCUGUCGCAGGGGGAGUGGGACGGUGGGACUAA